AUGGACUCUUAUCCUCCUCUUGUGGUGCUCGAGCACUCUAUCAACAGAUAUGACUCGUCGAUGAUGUCUGGACUCAACAUCUUGCCCUCUUACACGGACUACUUCGAUCUGAACACUACAACCUUGGCAUUGCAAUCGUCCAUCGCAUGGGCCGGGUGCGCUGUAGCCGGCCUCGGCUACGGUAAACUGACCGACUGGCUGGGGAGGAAGAAAGCCAUGUGGAUUAGCGCUUUGAUCACUCUGAUUGGCAUCAUCAUACAGGCCACCUCGCAAAACAUCGCGAUGUUUGUCGUAGCACGCUUUAUAGUGGGCGUUGGCAACGGCGCUACCUUCCUCUGUGGACCUAUUUAUCUCGCAGAGAUCUUCCCUCUCAAGUGGCGUGGUAUUGGCUUGGGAAUAUUCAUGGACUUCUACUAUGUUGGUAAGGAGCACAUUGCCCCGAUUUGGGAUCGAAACUGUCUUGAGAUAUAA